AUGCAUGGGUCGUCGCCCCGGACACGACCUCGACGGGAUGAUAUCAAAGUGGAAUAUCAUCCCCAUAGUAAACUCCCUUCGACUGUCCAUCAUUUCGCGGAUUUUUCCCGCAAAUGUCCUACUGAAGACUCUGUGCCCCGCAGCACUUCGCCAUGGGAACCAUUCCGAACGCGUCUCGACUUUGAGAUCGCAGAAAUUGCACUGGAAGCAGCAAUGACUAAAGAACAAACUAACCGACUGAUUGACCUUGUACACCGCUCUGCGAAUGGUCAAGAGUCCUUCACGUUACAGAAUCAUAACGAGGUCCGUUCAUUUUGGGCAAUGGCUUCCGAACGGUUCACACCAUUCCAGGUCAGCGUAGUAUCUGUGGCGCAUCGAGAUGAUGUGCACGACUUCAACAUGCACUAUCGGCCCCUUUGGGACUGGGCGCUCGACCUGCUGCGAGACAGUCGCUUUGCAAAGCACUUUGUGUUUGACGCCCAACGUUUGUACAAGUUCAAUGGAGAGCGCUUCGUUCGCUUUUUUGAUGAGCCCUGGACUGCUAAUUCAUUUUGGGAAGCACAAUCACAACUUCCACCGGAUGCUAAGCCACUGGCAUUCAUUCUUUAUGCUGACAAGAGCAAGCUGUCAUCGUUUGGGACUCAGAAAGGCUACCUGAUUAUAUCACUCUCUACAGCGCGGAUUGCAAACUUACCGGUUGAAAUCAGGAAUGGUACUGGCGUGGCUGGUGGUCGAGUUGUGGGUUGGCUCCCAAUCGUCAAUGAAGACAAAAUGCAAAGCAGAAAGCAAAGUUUCGUGAACUUUAAGAAUGCUGUUUGGCAUAAGUCAUUUUUCCUGCUCCUGGAGGCAGUCAUACAACACUCGAAGACUGGGUACUGGCUCGACUGCGGGGACAUGAUAAGGCGCUUUCUUUGGCCAUUGAUACUGAUUCUCAGCGCUGACUACGAGGAACAAUGUGUCAUGGCCUUAAUUCGUGGGCUGAAAGGAAAAUUUCCAUGUCCGAUUUGUCUCGUCCCCCAAGAUAUGCAGGCUGUCUUCUCAGAAGAACACGUGCUACGUACAAAUGCCCAAUCUCAACAAACUUUGGAGAUCACAAGAGCAGCGAGUACAAAGAAGGCCAGAGAAGCCCACCUAAAAGCAUUCUCGUUGCGUGAUGUUGAGUGUGUUUUUUGGUUGAUUCGCUUUUGUGACAUCCAUCACGCCCUCUCAUGGGAUCGUCUGCACACAAGCGGGUUAUGGAGUGAUCAUUUGUGGGAAGAGUUGCACUUCUGGCUCGCUGAAUUGGGGCGAGAAGCCGCUGCUGAGAUUGACACCAACAUGGAUGCUCUCCCAAGAUGGCCGAACUUGCGGCACUUCGUGCAUGUAAUCAAAAUUGAUUUUUCCGAUGGCUCAGUCCACGAAGAUAUAUCAAGGAUGAUCAUCUUUGCAGCACAGAACAUUCUCACACCUACUGAGAGUGAAAACGGCUACCUGCUUCUACGAUGCAUCUGUCUCUUCGUCGAAUUUGACAUAUAUGCAUCAUUGGAGGUUCACACGGAAGAUACCAUUGCGACAAGAAGAGAAACUUUGUGUAAAUUUGUGGUGCUGCUGGAUGAAUAUAUCACAAAAUCGGUGCCGGAAACAGGGAAGAACUGGAAUUUUCCAAAGAAACAUUCAAAUGCGCAUGUCUUUGAUGACAUCCUCGCUAAAGGCACCACCCAAAACUACAACACUAAGCCCAGCAAGAAGAUGCACGGCCCAUUACGUGCUAUUUACCUCCGGUUCAUUCUUUGCUAUGAUCACUGGCUGUUCACAUUGACCUCCAUGCGCUCCAAGCUCGAUGACCUGGACGAGUACAUCCGUGAGAAAGCCGUUAACCCUGAAGAGGCUGAAGAGCCCCAGGCUGUCGCGUUGACAGCACAUACACAUUUGGGCUUGAAGCGAGGCGACUUGCCUUUUUCACAGAUUGAGCAGGAGCACGCAACAGACAGGGCCUUUUUGGGCUUUCGAAUCAGGUUGAACAACUUUUUGAAUGAAUUCCUGCCUCAACAUGGAAUUCCCUUGCCAAAUGGCAAGCGUGUUCAUUUUCGAGCUGAUGACCAGGUUGCAGUAUACCAAUUUCUGCGAGUUAAUUACGAUUCCGUGGUUGACUGGUAUGAUUGUGUUAUGGUGAACACUGAAGACCGGCCAUUUUUUGCACAUCUCAUUUACUUGUUCUGCUGCUCCGUCGGCGAUACUGUACUUUCUCUCGCCCUUGUUCAUCCCUAUAAUGUUGGCAUCGGCCAACGCCGUAGACGAGACAUCGAGUUGGGGUUAUAUCAUGUACGAGCUAAACCUCAUGCAUCUCCGGAACUCAUCUCUGUCGAUGACCCUAGCGCAGCUGGAGAUUACUUCAUUAUGGACACCAUUGAUGCCGACAUGUUCCUUCGAAUGAAGUCAUUCCAAGUCCACCCUAAUAUCUAA